CGGAAGAAAUUGAUGGCUCUGUUACCCCGGCUCGCGUGCUUGAUUUCAGGUGGUUGAAAAUGGCGCAUUGGAGUUUGAGAGUGUUACGGCAGAGGUGUUUGGUGUCAGUGUCCCAAACGCUUCUGAGAAAUCCAUCAAGGUUCUUGUGCACUGCUGUACAACAGAAAAAUGGGCAAGCAGAAGAUGACCACAGUGGAACACAGAAAACGGAACAGAGCCCUGCUGAGAAACAGUUGGCAGAAGAGAAGGCCAAGUUGGAGGAACAGUUCAAAGAGAUAAAUGACAAGUACAAGCGAGCUCUUGCAGAUACAGAAAACCUACGUCAGCGGUGUCAAAAGUUGGUAGAAGAAGCAAAGUUGUAUGGUAUUCAGGGGUUCUGUAAAGAUCUUCUGGAAGUCGCAGACAUCUUGGAGAAAGCAACAGAAAGUGUUCCAAAAGAGGAGCUGUCUCGUCAGAACCCUCAUUUGAAAAACCUUUAUGAUGGCCUACUCAUGACUGAGGUGCAGAUUCAGAAGGUGUUCACCAAACAUGGUCUUGUUAAGCUAAAUCCACUAGGAGCCAAGUUUGACCCUUAUGAACAUGAAGCUCUAUUUCACGCUGCUGUUGAAGGGAAGGACCCUGGCACAGUAGCAUUAGUUACAAAAGUGGGUUAUAAAUUACAUGGGCGUACGUUGAGACCCGCAUUAGUAGGUGUUGCAAAGGCACCAUAAGUAAAGUAGUAGGCUGUAGAGUGUACCAACACCUGUAAGAAGUUUCAUUGUCUAACAGAUUUUUUUAUCUGUGGCUGAUAUGGGGCAGGAUUCACUGAUAGACACAUUUUGAGGAAAGAAGUUUAUGUUAAAUAAUGAGGGAUACAAGAUCAGAAUAAUUUGUUUGCAAUACAAAUGCACAAAACAACAAAGUGAUAAGAAGUAAGGCCCACAGUAGGUCCUAUUUUGACAUAAUUUACUAGUUAUUCUAUAAACAAAUAUAUAGUUUAAAUAUUUUUUCAAAAUUUCAGUGGUUAAAUUAUUGACGCAAAUCUGGUAGUAUGCUAGAGAUUUAUAAUAAUGGGAAAAAAGUGAUGUUUGGAACCAAUAAAUUGUAUGUUUUAUUUGUUAAUAUGGCCUCUUUUUACAGCUAUGUUCCAGAGUGUUUACCUUAGUGGAUGUCUGACCGUAAACAUUUCUUUCUUUUAAAUGCAUAGACCUGCACUUGAGUAAUAGCAUUCCAAAGUAUUUGAUAUGCAGCUGGUAUUUAAAAUGUGCUUUUCCAAAUAGGAAAAUUGGAAUAAAAAUAAAUUAACUCUUUAAUCAUUAA